CACCGAAAUAUUUGGGUGACAACGAUUAUCGACAAUCAUGGCUCAAAACUUAUAUUUGGUACAAAAAGAUUGAACUCACUGGUAACAUCUAGUAUCCGCAUUGAUAGUCCUUAUGAACCAGAAGUUGGUCCAUCCACACAUCAUUUUACUAUCUCCAGCAACGAACAGUCAAGAGAUAUAAAAAUUUAUAUACACAAAGAGUUUUGGAAUAAAGCAAAAAAAAAAAAAAAAAAACUUAUGGCUGAACCUCAUAAACACACCAUAAACACUUAUGAUUUCCUAUAUCAAACUCGCCAAAUACAAACUAAUUUUUAUUACCGAAGUGCGUAUAACCGAUCAAGAGCUGCAUCCAUGAUAACCGAUAACCAUACU